AUGAUGCAAGGCAAUGCAUGCCAUAGGAUGUCAUUCCACCCAGGACGAGGGUGUCCCCGAGGGCGAGGAGGACAUGGAGCCAGACCGUCAGCGCCAGCCUUCAGGCCCCAAAAUCUGAGGCUGCUUCACCCUCAGCAGCCUCCUGUACAAUAUCAAUAUGAGCCGCCAAGUGCCCCCUCUACCACUUUCUCCAACUCUCCAGCCCCCAAUUUCCUGCCCCCUCGCCCGGACUUUGUACCCUUUCCUCCGCCCAUGCCUCCAUCAGCACAAGGCCCUCUUCCCCCCUGCCCCGUCAGGCCCCCUUUCCCUAACCACCAAAUGAGAAACCCUUUUCCUGUGCCUCCCUGCUUUCCCCCUAUGCCGCCCCCAAUGCCCUGUCCCAAUAACCCCCCUGUCCCUGGAGCCCCUCCUGGACAAAGCACUUUCCCCUUCAUGAUGCCGCCUCCUUCCAUGCCUCACCCUCCGCCCCCUCCCGUCAUGCCCCAGCAGGUCAAUUACCAGUACCCUCCUGGAUACUCACACCACAGUUUCCCACCUCCCAAUUUCAGCAGUUUCCAGAACAGCACCAGCUCUUUCCCACCUAGUGCGAACAGCAACAACAGUCCUCACUUCAGGCAUCUCCCUCCAUACCCAUUAGCAAAGGCUCCCAGUGAGAGGCGGUCCCCAGAACGGCUUAAGCACUACGACGAUCACCGGCACCGAGACCACAGCCACGGGCGAGGCGAGAGGCAUCGGUCUCUGGAUCGGCGGGAGCGAGGCCGCAGCCCUGAUCGGAGGAGACAAGACAGCCGCUACCGGUCCGAUUACGACCGCGGAAGAACACCAUCUCGCCACCGAAGCUAUGAGCGGAGCAGAGAGCGGGAACGGGAGAGACACAGGCACCGGGACAGCCGAAGAUCGCCAUCUUUGGAAAGACCCUACAAAAAAGAGAAUAAGAGAUCUGGAAGGAGUUAUGGUUUCCCAGUUGUUCCCGACCCUGGAUGCACACCAGAAUUACCUGGGGAGAUUACUAAAAAUACAGAUUCUGGGGCCCCACCCCCGGAGACUGUGAAUCAUCGGUCCCCAAGCAGGGAGAGGAAGAGAACUCGCUGGGAGGAUGACAAAGACAGACGGAGUGACAACCAGAGCUCAGGCAAGGAGAAGAACUAUGUGUGCAUCAAGGAGAAGGGACCUGAGGAGACGGGGCCGGACACCAGUGAGGAGCAGGAAGAAGAGCUGCUUAAACCCGUGUGGAUCCGAUGCACCCAUUCAGAACACUACUACUCCAGCGACCCCAUGGAUCAGGUGGGAGAUUCCACAGUAGUCGGAACAAGUAGGCUCCGAGACUUGUAUGACAAAUUUGAGGAAGAGUUGGGGAGCAGGCAAGAAAAAGCAAAAGCUGCCAGACCGCCCUGGGAGCCACCCAAGACAAAGCUAGAUGAAGAUUUAGAGAGUUCCAGUGAGUCGGAGUGUGAGUCCGAGGAGGACAGUACCUGUUCCAGCAGCUCAGACUCUGAAGUUUUUGACGUGAUUGCGGAAAUCAAACGCAAGAAGGCCCACCCUGACCGACUCCAUGAUGAACUUUGGUACAACGACCCAGGCCAGAUGAAUGACGGACCACUCUGCAAAUGCAGCGCGAAAGCCCGACGCACAGGAAUUCGGCACAGCAUUUACCCUGGAGAAGAGGCCAUCGAACCCUGCCGUCCUAUGACCAACAAUGCUGGCCGACUUUUCCACUAUCGAAUUACAGUCUCCCCUCCUACAAACUUUUUAACGGACAGGCCAACUGUUAUAGAAUAUGAUGACCACGAGUAUAUCUUUGAAGGGUUUUCUAUGUUUGCACACGCUCCCCUGACCAAUAUUCCACUGUGUAAAGUCAUUAGAUUCAACAUCGACUACACGAUUCAUUUCAUUGAAGAGAUGAUGCCUGAGAAUUUUUGUGUGAGAGGACUCGAACUCUUUUCGUUGUUCCUCUUCAGAGAUAUUUUGGAAUUGUAUGACUGGAAUCUUAAAGGUCCUUUGUUUGAAGACAGCCCUCCCUGCUGCCCAAGAUUUCAUUUCAUGCCACGUUUUGUAAGAUUUCUUCCAGAUGGAGGAAAGGAAGUUCUGUCCAUGCACCAGAUACUUCUCUACUUGCUUCGGUGCAGCAAAGCUCUGGUCCCUGAGGAGGAGAUCGCCAAUAUGCUUCAGUGGGAAGAGCUGGAGUGGCAAAAAUAUGCAGAAGAGUGCAAAGGCAUGAUUGUCACCAACCCCGGAACGAAACCAAAUUCUGUCCGUAUUGAUCAACUGGAUCGUGAACAGUUCAACCCGGAUGUGAUUACUUUUCCGAUUAUCGUCCACUUUGGGAUUCGCCCUGCACAGUUGAGUUAUGCAGGAGAUCCACAGUACCAGAAGCUGUGGAAGAGCUAUGUGAAACUCCGACAUCUGCUAGCAAAUAGUCCCAAAGUGAAACAAACUGACAAGCAGAAGCUGGCCCAGAGGGAGGAAGCACUCCAAAAAAUACGACAGAAGAAUACAAUGAGGAGAGAAGUAACCGUGGAGCUAAGUAGCCAAGGAUUCUGGAAAACUGGCAUCCGUUCUGAUGUCUGUCAGCAUGCAAUGAUGUUGCCUGUUUUGACUCAUCAUAUCCGCUACCAUCAGUGCCUAAUGCAUCUGGAUAAGUUGAUAGGGUAUACUUUCCAGGAUCGCUGUCUGUUACAGCUGGCCAUGACUCACCCAAGUCAUCACUUAAAUUUCGGCAUGAAUCCAGAUCAUGCUAGGAACUCUUUGUCUAACUGUGGGAUCCGGCAACCCAAAUACGGCGACAGAAAAGUUCACCACAUGCACAUGCGGAAAAAAGGAAUUAACACGUUAAUAAAUAUUAUGUCCCGCCUUGGCCAAGAUGACCCAACUCCUUCAAGGAUUAACCACAACGAACGCUUGGAGUUCCUAGGUGAUGCUGUUGUUGAAUUUUUGACCAGUGUCCAUUUGUACUAUUUGUUUCCUAGUCUGGAGGAAGGAGGAUUAGCAACCUAUCGGACCGCCAUCGUUCAGAAUCAACACCUUGCCAUGUUAGCGAAGAAACUUGAACUGGACCGAUUUAUGCUUUAUGCUCAUGGACCUGACCUUUGUAGAGAAUCAGAUCUGCGACAUGCAAUGGCUAAUUGUUUUGAAGCAUUGAUAGGAGCUGUGUACUUGGAGGGAAGCCUGGAGGAGGCCAAGCAGUUAUUUGGACGCUUACUCUUUAAUGACCCGGACCUUCGCGAAGUCUGGCUCAACUAUCCUCUCCACCCACUCCAACUACAAGAGCCAAAUACUGAUCGACAACUUAUCGAGACUUCCCCGGUUCUGCAGAAACUUACUGAGUUUGAGGAAGCAAUUGGAGUCAUUUUCACUCACGUUCGACUUCUGGCUCGGGCAUUCACACUGAGAACCGUGGGGUUUAACCAUCUGACCCUAGGCCACAACCAGAGGAUGGAAUUCCUAGGUGACUCCAUCAUGCAGCUGGUUGCUACAGAGUACUUGUUCAUUCAUUUCCCAGACCAUCAUGAAGGGCACCUCACGUUGUUGCGAAGCUCUUUGGUGAACAACAGAACCCAGGCCAAGGUAGCGGAGGAGCUGGGCAUGCAGGAGUAUGCCAUCACCAAUGACAAAACCAAGAGGCCCGUGGCCCUCAGGACCAAAACCUUGGCAGACCUUUUGGAAUCAUUCAUUGCAGCGCUAUACAUUGAUAAGGAUUUGGAGUAUGUUCAUACUUUCAUGAAUGUCUGUUUCUUUCCACGAUUAAAAGAGUUCAUCCUGAAUCAGGAUUGGAAUGACCCCAAAUCUCAGCUUCAGCAAUGCUGCUUGACACUUAGGACAGAAGGCAAAGAACCCGACAUCCCUCUGUACAAGACACUGCAGACAGUGGGGCCAUCCCACGCCAGGACCUACACUGUGGCUGUUUAUUUCAAGGGAGAGAGAAUAGGCUGUGGCAAAGGACCAAGUAUUCAGCAAGCGGAAAUGGGAGCAGCAAUGGAUGCGCUUGAAAAAUAUAACUUUCCCCAGAUGGCCCAUCAGAAGCGGUUCAUUGAACGGAAAUACAGACAAGAGUUAAAAGAAAUGAGGUGGGAAAGAGAACAUCAAGAGAGAGAACCGGAUGAGACUGAAGACAUAAAGAAAUAAAGAAGGCCGGGGAAGUGGUGGCGUAUUUACUUGCUUAAUAACUGUGACUGUUGCCCAUUGAGACCUAGCCUAGUUUUCCUGCAGACAAUGAAUGAAGUGUGGCCAUUGAAAUAAAAUACAAAGUCAACGACUACUGUGGUUUUACUAAUCUAAUUCUCGCUUUUCAGCAGGUUGGCCUUUACUACAAAGUAUUUAAUUUCUCUGCCUCUUCAUGGAGAACUUCACAUUGGUGGAUGUGAUGUGCAUAUUCUUUCUUAUUUUGUUCAUUAAACGGAAAAAGUCAAGAAGCAU